UUAUUCACGAGUGGAUUUCAGAACGGAUUGGCUGGCCUCGCCGGCAUAUAGGUAGUCGACGACAAAGAGAAACUCGCCGCAAUUUUGAAAGAGUUCGCUUUUUAUUCUUUUUUUGUUUCUAUAUACUUUCGUGUCGCUGUGCCGUGAAACGUGUAGUGUUUUUGUUUUGGUGAUUUUUUUGUAUGACCAGUUGAAUUACUCAUUUCCUGGAUUAGAGAACUUAUAUUCAUGCAGAUAAUAUCUACUGUAUUGACUUUUUGGGAAAUCUGGAAAAAUAUGAGCCGAUGAUCCCUCAACCAGAAGAAAAAAGAAAUGUCCUCAGCUAUAUGCCAGAACUUCGUCCAGAACGCUUGGAAGAAGGAACUCUGUUCGAACUGCUUCAAGUCGAAAGAUGAACACGCCGAAAAACCGAAACUCAAGCCGGUCCAUCUGAUAGCAGCAGACCGAGUCGAAGGAAUCAUAAGAAAAGAGAAGAAGUCGAGACCCAAACGUUCAGUGGCUUUCCUCAAAGAUCUAACGGAAGUGAUCGGUUAUGGUGGGGAGGACUGGUCUUCAGACAACGAAGAAGAUAACGUAACCUCAAGCAGCGAAGAAGAAACCGCGAUAGAAUCCGAUGAGGAGGAAAGUCUGAAGGAGCUGCAGAGGCUCACCAAAGAAAACACUGACUUCAAUACUACUUCCCUAGCUGAGGUGGAAGUUAAAAAGUCCUACACCCAAUUGCUGCUAGGAAAACCAGUGGUGGACUCUGCGGGGAAGAAGAAGACUCUGCUAGUGUCCGUUACUCCCUUUGGUGAAGAUAUCUCAGCUCCACCAAAAAAAUAUAGCCAGAAGAGUCUUUCACACAUUCCCAUUGCGAAAAACAACAAAGAGAUUAUAGCUGAGCACAAAACGAACAAUGUUGUACUCACUUCUUAUACUAAGAAUGAAGAAAACAAUUCGAAGAAAGGGGAAAAGUCUCUGCUAGAUGAAAUAUCAGAAACACUGGAGAACAGUAAAAACCCAAUUCAGAUAAUGGCGAAGAAGAAGAGCCAAAAAGAGGUAGUCCUGAGUACCGACUCUAACAAAGAAAAUAUAGAAAAUGGUACAACUGAAGUAACAAAACUGGAGAUUGUUGAAGAAAAAACUGUGGAACAAAAAACCGUUGUUUCCGAAAAGAAAAUAAGCUUAGCACGAACCCCAGCUCUGAAACGUGACAUAGAGAAACCAGUCAUCUAUCAAACUUCCACUGCUAAAAUCGAGCUACUCAACAGCAAGAAUUUGAAAUUGAACAAAGAAACGGUCAACAAGAUGAAAACCGAAGUUAACAACAACGAAAGAGCAGAAACAAACGCUACCGAAACAAAACUUGAAUUGAAAACCAUAGCCACCAGUGUUGAACUGAUAAGAGCCGAAAGGACUCAUUCAAGCGAUAUUAUCGAAUCGAAAGAAAGGAAGGACGAAAUCAAUAACACCGUGGCAGAGAGAACCCACGUGGAAGAAAAGGUUGUAAGUCUACCGCCACCUAUACCACCAAAGUACAUCCCAUUUUCGCAAAGCAGGGAGCAAGCUGGGAAACCAGAUGGUCGCGAGGAUCCAGUUAUAACAGAACUACCCCCGCUACCCAUAACACCCCCACCGAUCCUAGAAUCGCAGACAUCUUUCCUACACGGCAUCCCGCCACCCAUCUAUGAGAAACCCAAAAUCCUCUCGAAACCAGCCAUCGUGAUACCAAGAAAACCCGUUCCAGCUGUUCCACCUAAUUUUUCCACAUUCGCCAAGGCAGCAUUGUCCAGACAAGACUCGAACGACUCAGACUCGAAGACCAACAAAAGGAAAGCUCCCCAACCACCAGAAGAAGUGAAUAGUCCCAUUUACACCAGAACCAGUGAUUCGCCAAGGGAAAAACGAAAAGUGGUAGUGUCUCACAUACCAACAACCGAAUCUAGCGAGGGUAGUCAAGAAGAAGCCAUCUACGUCUCGCCUGAUCCUUCGCCAAGAAAGUCACUGUCUGUUUCCACUGAUUGCCUGACGACCGAAGAAAAAAGGAAAGAGAAAUCCAAAGCCAGGUUUUCCUUGAAGAAGUUCCUACGGAUGGGGUCCAGCAAAGACAUCACGAAGCUGUCGGAAUUAACGGUUGUCAAGUUCGAAGAAAAUAGCGAGAAGCCCCAGCCAAAGCCUAGAUUAGUGAUCGUUCACCCAAGCGAGUUGAACGGCGAUAAGGUGGAAGUUGUAGCGAAACCAGUGCUAGACCAAGUCGACUACCAGUCCAGUGGGCACGAAUACAGCAACCCCUUGGGAGAUUAUGAAACUUACACCCCGAAAACCACCAAACCCCCACCACCCCCGAGAAACUUCAACGAGGGCAAUGUUACCAGCAAACCUAACCUGCCACAUCCGCCCAAAUCCCUAGAAAUCAUCAACAAACAGAGGCAGAUAUCCAGGAGCGACUCGGCCUCCAAGAAACCGGAGACAGUGUACGCCAACAUUGGAGAAGUGAGGUCGUCCAUAGUACCGAACAAGCCGGUACGAACAGCCAGCAUGCGCGAAAGAGAGGCUUUGCAGCUGAGGAAACCUAACCACAACUACGAGCCAAUCGACGUGCGAGACAAGGACAGCGAGAACGUGUACGACUACAUACAUUCGGGCAGGUCGAGUUCGCCCGACAGCGACUCGAGUCGCGACAAGGGCAGCCCGAGGGGCAAGACCGUCAGGUUGGGCAAGCGGUCGGAGAGCAGCAUAGACGUGUCUGGGGAGUAUUUCAAGUGCAACAAUAUUCCGAGGAGCGUGUCUUUGACUUAUUGUGGCAGCGAGACCGAAUCCGAGAUCUAUUCUCCGCACAGCUUUUAUGGCAGUGAAUCGGAAGUGACUGAAGAUGAUCAUGACUGGAUUCAAAAUGGGAGAACACAUAAGCUGCGUUCGAGAAAAGGGAGGAGCAUCGUCCACAAAAAUUUGGAAGACAAUUAUGGGGCGGUAGUAGUGGCAAAUCACGAGGCUCUUGCUCAAGUACUCGAAAAUGUCCAACAGACCUGCCACAUCCAGCCGGCCCUGCGAGGCCUCAAAGCGCAAUCGAACCUGCGCUGGGCGGACUUCUCUUUGAUAUCGGGCACGCCGCCCAUCACCGUGGGCGACCGAACGUUCCGGCAGGCCGUGUGGGGCGCCCACCACGUCACGUUGCUGACGAACGCAGGCGCAGUGGGGUCCAGCACGCUGCAGUUGGGCACGUUCAAUCUGACGCCGGUCACCGAGUUCAGCGAUUUGGUGCCCAACGUGUACCUGGCGCUGCCCGAGGGCGGCGGUAGGGAAGACAAGGACAAACAGACGCAAGCGACUGUUUCAGUCCUACCAUGCAUCCAGGUGAACUCGAUUCCGUCCUACUGUGAAUCGGUCAAAUCGAAAGUUCAAAAUCUGGAUGAACAAUGGAAAGACGCCACUUUCAUCAUGCUCCAGCUGGUGAACGCUCUAAAAACGUUACAAGCUCAGGGCAUCGAAGAACUGCCGCUCUCUCUGACCAGUUUCGUGUUAUGCAAAGAUAUGGACAAAGACACCCAUCACCGGUUGUGUGUUUUACAGGGUCUGGCCUCCGACCUCGCCAACAAAACCACCAACGAAAAGUACGGCACCCUCUGCAUGUGCGCCCUGCGAGCCCUCAACCUGCUCCAACCCUCCCCCAAAAUCACCCCCGUCAUACAAUCCCUCCUCAACCACGAGCGCGCCGUCUCUCUCACCCAAGUCAAGAGCAUCCUCGAGUUCUCGCUGUGGGGGCCCUCGGACGUAUCCUUGGGGUGCACCGUCAAAGAACGGGAACUAGCUCUGCAGCGAUGGUUGGACCUUCAAAGGGCCACUGUUCUACACGGACUGGUGUGCGCCAGAGUGCAAUUAACGGUGUACGAGGAGUGCCAUUUGCUGUUUUUGGUGAGGAGCAACGCGAGGCUCAUGAGCGACGCCUCGUUGCUCAUUGAUAGCAGUAACGUGAAGCACUCGUUCGGUUACGGACAGAGUAGGAGUGACAAGUGCGUCGGCGCUUGAGGGAAUGAGUGAACAAGUUUCCUUCAUGUGUUGUGUUUUUUCUAUCCACUGUCAUACUACACCGUUUUACUGAUAAUCAACCGAUUCUUCAGCGUCUCUUCACUUGUUUCGAUGACUAUAAAAGGUCUUGUCGACGAAAACUGGACUCAUUGCCCCAGUGUCCGAGGAGUAUCAUCUGUUGUUUUUGGUGAGGAGCAACGCGAGGCUCAUGAGCGACGCCUCGCUGCUCAUUGAUAGCAGUAACGUGAAGCACUCGUUCGGUUACGGGCAGAGUAGGAGUGACAAGUGCGUCGGCGCUUGAGGGAAUGAGUGAUCAAGUUUCCUUCAUGUGUUGUGUUUUUUCUAUCCACUGUCAUACUACACCGUUUUACUGAUAAUCAAACCGAUUCUUUAACGCCUCUUCACUUGUUUCGAUGACUAUAAAAGGUCUUGUCGACUAAAACCGGACUCAUUGCCCCAGUGUAGGAGGAGUAUUAUCUGUUGUUUUUGGUGAGGAGCAACGCGAGGCUCAUGAGCGACGCCUCCUUGCUCAUUGAUAGCUGUAACGUGAAGCACUUGUUCGGUUACAGACAGAGUAGGAAUGACAAAUUAGUCGGGCUUGAGGGAAUUGAGGUUUGGAAGUUGUCUAUCUACUGUCAUGAUUUUUUUGGUCCCAGAAUCAUUUUACACUGUUUUACGAAUAAGCAAACCGUUAUUUUAACACCUCUAUACUUGUGUCGAUAACUAUGCCAUCUGUUGUUUCUUAUAAGGAGCAACGUGAGGCUUGCGAGCGACGCUUUUACGAACAGAGCAUGAGCUACAAGUGCGUCGGCGCUUGAGGGAAUGAGGUAUCGGUAGUUGAAUGAGGAAGUUUCCUUCAUGUAUUGUGUUUUUUUUAUCCACUGUCAUGCCAUUUCGGUGCCAUGCAUACUACACCGUUUUACUGAUAAUCAAACCGAUUCUUUAACGUCUCUUCACUUGUUUCGAUGACUAUAAAAAGUCUUGUCGACGAGAACUGGACUCAUUCCCCCAGUGUCCGAGGAGUACCAUCUGUUGUUUUUGGUGAGGAGCAAUGCGAGGCUCAUGAGCGACGCCUCGUUGCUCAUUGAUAGCAGUAACGUAAAGCACUCGUUCGAUUACGGGCAAAGUAGGAAUGACAAGUGCGUCGGCGCUUGAGGAAAUUGAUGAAAUUUCGCAUGGCUUGACGGUUGUUAAUAAAAAUCUUGAAAUUCCAUCUUAUAAACAAUUUAUCGAAUGGAAAAACGACAUAGAACUGAAAGAUAGAACUCAUUUCGUCAAGAAUUACAGAACGAAAAUAUCGUCCAGAUUAGAGAUACAAUAUUUUUAUGGUCAUCGCUCGGGAUAUUUUCACUCAAAGAGCACUGGAAGCGGUCUCCCACUACGUUGUUUAUCGUUUUGCUCCUUCCUCCAGACGCUAUCAUAAGUAGCAGCUCCAUGCCUCUUUCUCAUUUUCCGAAUUCAUUGGCUGGUUUUUAUAAUUUUUCUUUAAAAAAUGCUAGUCUUCGAAAAAAAAAAUUACGUAUGGCCAAAACGAUCUCAUAAUCAGUGUCUUUCAAGGCCAAGUGAACAAAUUUAGUAAGAAAGUAGGAUAGAACAGUCAAGUUUCGAUAUUGUCCUGGAAGGCCAUUGAAUAAUCUAUAGUGGUAAAACAGUGUAGUGUGCCUUCUCUCGAUUAUUCAAGAUAUUGAAAUAAUUACUAUUUGUGAAAGCAGCAGUAUACAAGUUUUGGCCAACAAACUAUGACGUUUCACUGAGAUACAUUGUCUACCAUGGGGAUGACUUUUGUUUUCAUGUAGAUCGAUUUUAUGAUGUCCGAUAACCUCAAAACCGAUUUUGAAUCAAUUCGCGAUAGAAAUGAACACGUCGCCCCAUCUGACGGCAAUAUUUUGAACACUUCUGCAAGUGUAAGAAGGGGCUAGGUUACAAAUAUGAUUUUUUGGAUGUAUGAUAAAUUGACAUUCAUCAUACAGGACGUGGAAAGAUAUAACAAAUAUGAGUUUGUGAGGAAAAUAGGUUUUAGUAAAGUUAGCUGGCAUUUUUUAACGGAAGCUAGUUUAAUAAUUGAAUUUAUGUAAUAGGGAAUUUCACCAUGAUUUUUUGAUUUUUUUUCACGAUUUAGAACACAAACUGGGUGAAUUCAGCAUUUUUAUAAAUUUUCUUACGAUUGCGGUUGACCCAGAAAAAAAUUAUUAAAUCGAACCUAAAUUCAAACGACAUUCUCAUUAGGUAAUUCGUCUGUAACUUGGUCUUGUCACCAUUUGUAAUUGCAUUUGUCACUCAAUAAAAACUAUAAUAUGACACUGAUAGAUCACUGAGAAUGAAAUGAAAUAAUGAACUAUGAACUAGAUUUCGAGAAUAAUCUUUUUCUUCUUCUAUAGUUUGUUUUGUGCUCAAGUUCUGUGUCUGUGGUUUUGUGCAACGUGUUUAUGCAUACAAUUAACAAUUUAUCAUUUAUCAAAUAACAAGUACUUUUUACAUUUAUUGAACCAGGUUUUCUUAUUGUGUGCAAAUAGUACGCAGAUGGCCUUGUAUAUGACUGAGGAUUGGUCCAUCCUAUGAUGGAGAUUAACCUCAAAACAUUUCCAGGUUUUGUGUUUCCUUUUACAUUUUAUAAUUCCUAUUAUUUUGGAGUCUUGGACCCACUUGUGAUAGCAAUAUCCCAAAAAUGUGUCUAAUAUAUUAUGAAAAAAGUUUCUAUGGUUAUCUUAAAUGGCUUGGAAUGGACUUUUGCGCCUGCGUAUUUUUUAUUGUUAAUUGGUUUGCAUAAAUAGUAACAUUUUAGCUACUCCUUACUUGAUAAUUGUUGAUUGAUAAUUGUUACUUGAUAAUUAUUGAUUGAUAAUUGUUACUUGAUAAUUGUUGAUUGAUAAUUGUUACUUGAUAAUUAUAAAUUGAUGCUGCAUAAAUCCACACUUAGGUUAUUUAAAGUGGCGCCUUCACGAAAUAAACAAAAAAUUCAAAUUCGAAUACAUUAUUUUUGACUUGAGUUCACAGAUAGAUGCUCAAUACAUAUGUUGGAAACUUGUUCAUUCAAUGCUAGUUCAGUAACUUGUCCGAAGCCUCGAUAUAACUAGCAUUAUGUUGAUACUUGUUGAUAUAUGUCAAUGUUAUUUGUAUAUAUAUCGUUCUAUUUUCUCAUAGGUACGAUUUUUUAGACGUUUGUGAAUUUCAUGAGCAUAUUUAUUGGUUGUUUGGUGUUCUAAUGUAUUAUUUUUAUGAAACUAUUGAAGCAAUAUAUUUGUAAAUAAAUUGAAAAGUGCCUUAUGUAUUUAAAACUCCAAUUUUGUACACAAAAUCACAAUAAAGAAUUUUG